GAAUGGCAUCCUAGUGUGGCAUCUUUUAACUGACAUCCCUAUAAUUAGAAGGAAUUGUCUUUUCAUACCACAAAUUUGAACUGGCUAAUUACUCAAUGAAUAUUUAGCUUGUUACGUAGGCAAAUAUUGCAUGAAGAGAAGAACUUUACUGAAUAAGUAUUCAACCCAGAAAACUUCCCAGGAGCCAGUUGUGGCCUAUUCUAUUUGAGGUCUUCUCCACCACCCCUUACCCCAACUGUCACCCCCACCUCUGCCGUCACACACACACACACACCCCACAUUCCGGCAUUUCUGGGGGAGAGCCCACAGGAUCUUUGGUUGUUGUUUGGAUUUUCACAUUUUUAUUUUGUAGUAAAACAUUUCUUAAAAUAUUUCAAGCAUUCAAAAAAUUUAAAGGAUAGUAUGAUAAAUACCCUUGUGCCUACCUCCUAGCCUAAUAAAUAAAACAUGAUCAACAUAGUUGGAUACCCAUGUAGUGCAUCCCCUCCCUUGAAACCCCCCUUCCUACCCUGUAUUCCUACUGUCUUGCAUUUGACCAUCUUGAAUUUGGUGUUUAUAUUCCUAUGUAUUAUUCAUAAACAGUACAUAGUAUGGUUUUGCAUAGUUUACAGCUUGUAUAAGUGGUAUCACAGCAUAUAUAUUCUUCUGGAACUUGCUUUUUUAGCUCCAUGGUGUUUUAUAGGAUCACCCAUGUUGAUACAUGUAGCUCUACUUCAUUUACUUUUAUUACUGGAAAGAAUUCCAUUGGAUGAAUAUUCUACAACGUAUUCAUUUUCCCGUUGGUGGAAAUUUAGGUUGUUUCCUCUUCUCUUUUUUCUUCUUCUUCUUUUUUUUUUUUUUUUUUUUUGCUAUUAUAAACAAUGCUGCUAUGAUUCCUCUGGUAUAUGUCUCUUUAUGCACUUAUAUGCAUUUCUCCCAAACAUAUGCCUGGAGUAGAGUUGCUGGAUUGCAGGGAAAUGUAUCUUCAAUUUUACUAAAUAUUGCCAAAGUUUUGCUGCUUGGGGAACAGAUAAAGCACUCAAGAAAAGCUGAUGUUUUUAACUGGCUUUUGAAAGAUUGUGUCAGCAAUCGUUUCCAGUUCUGUCCUGGUGGCUCCAGUCAGUUUCCAGAAGCUUCUGUGGUGUCUGUCCUCUUCCCACAGGAUGCUGGUCUAGGUGAGCUGCCCAUCAAAGGCCCAAAGCCACGGCCCCUUGAGAAGACUGAGUCAUCCUUACCUGCUGCAUUUCCAAGCUGGUGUCAGCCCUCACUGACACGCACCACCUCUGUGGAUACUGAGGAUUCUGGGCUUGUAUCUCAGCCUUGGAGGGAUUUAGCAGCAACCACGAGGCCUCAGGAAACUCAAAAUGGCUCCGGGGGAGGAAUAUAUUGGUUCUACUGCCCUAAGGAAAAAGCUGAGAAGUCAAGGACUUACCCUGUCCAGGGCCUUCAGGAUCAAUGGAAUGAAGGAAUCUCUGAAGGACCAAGAAGAAAACACCCAGGACAACAGUGGCCUGACUCCAGGGCCUGCCCACGUCAGGUCUCCAGGUUGCUUUGCAGCCUGAAACACUGCCUCCACGUCUGCGACCACGUCACCACGCAGGUCCUGGGACCUCGUCCUUCAUCCGACAGCUGGCAUAGUCUCUCUGUGGACCCGGUGGCCUCCUGUGUGGCUGCUGCUGCUCGCCAAGCUGGGGAGGCCAAGGCACAGCCUUCGGUAACUGAGCACCCACUUCUGCCCUGAGCUUCUUCCUCGUCCUGUCCCCCGACCAAGGUAGGAACUAUGGCUUCUGGCAGGCCCAGGGAGGCUCCAAACAGAAGCCAGGGCCCCAGCCAUGCAGCCAAUCACAGAGCUGGAAUCUGCCAUCAGAGUCCCAUCUAGAGAGAGAGGAAGGUGCCAGGGUACCAGGGACUAAAGCCCAGGGGGCCGAGGGGAGCCCGAUGCUGCAGCCCUGGCUGUGCGGCCCCCACCCGCACUCAGCUCCACAACAACGCCUGAACAAACUUCAUCCACUUCGACUUUAAAAAAGAAAACCCAGGAAAUAAUUACUUCAGUCAGACAUUAUUUACUUAAGUAAUUCUUUACUCAAACGUCUUUAGGCUUUAUUUUACUAAUACUACAUAAUUACGUAAUUGUGUAAUUAGGAAGAAAUUAAAUGACAAAUGUUUGCUGAGAACAAACGAAAAAAAAAAUAGAUCUUUUAUUUCCCCAAGUGUGCUCUCGGCUCGGUGCAUUACAUCUUCCUCCCCCUCCUCCCAGCUCUGCCCCUGGUCUCCCCAGCUUGCCCCACGGCAGGCGGUCGGGGGUGGAGUUCUAGUAGUUGGGGUACCUGGACAGGUAGCAGCAGGGGAGGGCCUGCCCCUCACCCCCAAGCUGGAGGUGGAACCCAGAUGCCUGUCAGGACCACCCUAUGGGACGCCUGGGUGGCUCAGUGGUUGAGCAUCUGCCUCUGGCUCAGGUCAUGAUCUUAAGGUCCUGAGAUUGGGCUCCCUGCUCAGUGGGGAGCCUGCUUCUCCCUCUCCCUCAGCUUAUUGCUCCGUCUGCUUCUGCUCUCUCUCUGUCAAAUAAAUGAAUAAAAUCUUUUUAAAAAAGGAAAAAAACAACCGGUGUGUCUCUGCACAUAGGCCGGCCUCCCUCCCAGGGUUGGGGGCCAGGAGCCCAGCCUCCUUGGCUCUACCCCUGCUGCCUGGGGGCCCAGGAGAUCUAUGGGGGCUCCCACCCAUGGCAGCCCCAGCCCUAGAGAAGCAG